AUGAGUAGUUCUUCAUCAUUGAAAUUUUUCUCAGAGGCCAAAAUUUUAGCCUCUGAGAUAGUAACAGAACUACUUGAUGUUAUAAAUAGUAAUGAUGAGAUAGCAGACAACCAUCAACAGAAAUAUAACAUCUUUGAUGAGGCGGAACUCAAGAAUUUUACAAAUUUCAUAGAGAAAUUGAAUUUAAUGAGUGACAUCUUCAAAAGAAAUUCUAUGAAAGUUGCCUUUUUUGGAAGAACCUCAAAUGGAAAAAGUACGGUGAUAAAUGCAAUGCUGAGAGAUAAAAUCCUGCCAAGUGGCCUUGGCCAUACAACAAAUUGUUUUGUACAGGUUGAAGGAACUGACAGUAAAGAUGUCUACAUAAUAAUGGAAGACGGUUCAAGAAAUAAUAUACAAUCACUGGGCCAACUCGCACAUGCGUUAAGCAAGGUUAGGUUGAGUUCUGAUAGUCUGUUGAGGAUUGCUUGGCCAAAAGUUUUGUGCCCUCUCUUGCAAGAUGACGUCAUUUUUGUUGAUAGUCCAGGAAUAGAUUUAUCAGCUGACGUUGAUAAGUGGAUCAGUAAGUUCUGCCUGGAUGCAGAUGUGUUUGUGCUGGUUGCCAAUGCUGAAUCAACUCUGAUGCAAACAAAAAUACAUUUGACACGAGUCCAGGUGAAGCAACAGCACUUGGAGAGGUGCUCAGCCUUUCUGGUCGACGAGCUUAAAGUCAUGACGUCAUCGGACGUGGGGAGGAGGAUUUUUUUCAUCUCGGCCCUCGAGAUGCUGGAACAGUAUGUUAACAUUUCGCGGUCGUCAUCGUCGUGCAUGCAGAAGGAAGGCUUUCAGGAAAGAUUGAACGAGUUUGCCUACUUUGAAAAUUGCUUCAAGGAGUGCAUAUCAAAGACAGCCGUCAAAACGAAGUUUGGUCAUCACAUGGUUAAUCUGAGAGAUAUGACGGAUGCCCUUACAACAUCGCUAGAAAGUGCCUUUUCCGAGAGAACGCAGCAGCAUAACGAGUUGGAGUGCAGGCUGAAUGAAAUUCUCAACUCCAACCAGGGAUCCCAUGCAAAAAUGGAGCUCACGAUCAGACAGGCUUCUGAAGAACUUAAACAUAAAUUGCUGUCAACACUAAGGAGAGAAAUGAGACAACUGGAGGGCAUCAUAGAUGAAUACGAUAGGGUCUUCAACCCGUCUGACCUCGAGGUCAUGAGGUUAUAUAGAAAGGAUUUAAGUUUUCAUGUCGAGGAGAAUCUGUCGAAAAAUCUUCACAUCAAAUUUACCCCGAUGGCUAAAAAUAUUCUUGUCACCGCCGGUCACAAUAUGAUUGAAAGUAUAAAAUAUCUCCUACCUGAUGAAAAGCAAGCCACACUUGAUACGUGCACUAAACCUCUGCUUGAAUUUGAAGUCAUCUAUAACCUCAAUUGCUCCGGUUUAUGUUCCGAUUUUAUGGAAGAUCUGGAGUUUCAUUUUUCGCUGGGCUUAUCUACGCUGCUGACCAAGUUCAUCGGAUCGAGUCACAUGACUGAUGACGAGUUAACGGACACCCUACUUAAGAAGACAACAAGUUCGACCAAGUCAUUACCUUUCGCUUCUAAAUCUGCCAUUGGUGUACUGGCCGUUCUGUCACUGUUUGCCAAACUGGUGGGCAGUAGGUUCAUCUUCACUUGUCUUUCCCUAUACGGAGUUGUGUACAUGUAUGAGAGAGUCACAUGGAGCUUGAAGGCCAAGGAGAAGGCAUUCAAAAGACAGUACAUAACUCACAUUAGAGAGCAGCUGAGGAACGUGAUGCAUAUUCUCUGCUCCAAUUGCUCGUGUCAAAUUGAGAGGUUGAUUGUUUCGGUGUUGGGUUUGAGUGAACUGGAUACGUUGAGAAAAGAGAUAGAGAGAAUGGUGAGUGCGUACCAAGAGGAGCUAGCGAAACAUCUGCAAGAAUGCAAGCGUGACUGUGAAGUUAUGGACCAACUCAGGGCUACAUCACUCUCGAAUAAGAGUUCUCUAUUCAACAUCUCCAAUCAUUUGGAGCGUUUUAAAGCAAAGUUCAUUUCAUGA